AUAGAAUUGUCGAGGAUCCCCAACAUGGCGUUCGCCAAGGUCGGCAUACAUGCAAAAACGAACAUCAUGUUCCCGGAAAUGUGGAGUCCGCACCUCUCACCAGCGAUCUCGCACGACCGGCUAGUGGAAUUCUACGAGCAGAUAGUGCUUCCCAGCCUGCGCGACAUCAAUCACCCGCAUAUCAGCCAUUGGCCAGGCUCGUACGGGAGCGCGGAAAUGCAGGCGCGCGAUCGCCACGGCCAGUAUCACUUCAAGAACGUAGAACUUAGCGCCCUGGAGAUCGGCAGGUUCGUCCGGAAGAUGAAGGCAUCCAUGGAAGGGAUCCGUGAGUUCCGCAACGCCUUCUUCUACCACGAGGUGCGAGGGGCCAAAGGCGGAACACAUCACAAUCCCCACGAUAACGACGACGCAAAGAGGGUUCUCAAAGAAACCUUCAAGCAUCUCGACUUCACCAAGAUCUCUAAUGCCGACCUUGCCCACCGUUGGUACGUAGAUGUGGCAAUUGAGGUCGAGCAUCCAGGUCACGUGGUCCAUUGGAAGGACGAGUUCCAUGCCGAAAUCCUGCAGCAUGCCAUGCCCCAUGCGUCGGCGGCAGGGAUCACUAGCCUCAUCGCAAACAGGAACUUCCUGCGCGAUGCCUGUGUCCAGCUGAGUGACAUUUCCGGCUUCCGAGUGCCUACCACCAUCAUCGGCCGCGCGGACGGCGUCAAGUACGUGAACGUCUACUGCACGGAGAAGGAGAUGCACUACCAGCUCCAUGUCGGACAAUGGCGGAAGGUGACCCCCAGCGAGCUGCUCCCCGGCAAUAUGGGAGGCCUCCUGGACCGCAUCAAUAAAUGGACGGAGGUGCUAUUUGACAAUUCGGGAGGAACAGGCCACCCGGCACAACCCGCGUCUGCACGGUACGAAGUCCGAGUGGCAGCUAACAAGUGUGGCGCGGCCUUGCGUGACGUGCCAUAUGAAAUGCUUACCAAAGCAUGUGUCAGCAUCCCUGCACGUCGUUGGUGGUAA